UACACAAACAAGUGUGCACGCACACAUGCUCACACACACCCUCUUGCGCACAUGCUGAUUUAUGGAAACAAUUAUGAUUCUGUCGCAGUCUUUCUGAGCUAGGAAAGUUUGUAGCUACAGUACAGCGUCUCAUGUUGCAAAAGGCAGACAACAGAAAUGGAAUACUUGUGUGUCCAGCUGUUAUCAACAGGAGCAAGAUAUCCUGGCUGAAAGGUUAUUUAAAAGGUGGUAUCUGUAUCUUAAAAGAAGGACGGGACUUCUGCAAGAGGGAGCAGCAGCUGCUUAAUUCACUUUACAAUAAAAGGGAAAAGGACCAAGGAGCGACCUACUGAAGACGGAUUUUUUUCAUUAUGUUGUUCGUGAGCACCCAGAACACUGCACUAUAAUGCACAAAUGGAUAUUGACAUGGAUCCUGCCAACUUUGCUCUACAGAUCAUACUUUUACAUUAUCUUCCUCGUGGGCGCUAUAUCAUUAGCUUGCAAUGACAUGACCCCAGAGCAAAUGGCUACAAAUGUGAACUGUUCCUCCCCUGAACGACAUACCAGAAGUUAUGAUUAUAUGGAAGGCGGGAAUGUAAGAGUGAGAAGACUUUUCUGUCGAACUCAGUGGUAUGUCAAGAUUGAUAGGAGAGGCAAAAUAAAAGGAGUACUGGAGCGUAGCAGCAACUACAGUAUCCUCGAAAUAAGAACAGUGGCAGUUGGAAUAGUGGCAAUCAAAGGAGUGGGAAGUGAAUACUUUCUAGCCAUGAAUAAGUCUGGGAAACUUUACGGAAAGAAAGUGUGCAAUGAGGACUGCAACUUCGUAGAACUAAUUCAAGAAAACCAUUAUAAUACAUAUGCUUCAGCAAACUGGACCCACAAAGGGAAGGAGAUGUAUAUUGCAUUGAAACAGAAUGGUGCUCCUAAGAGAGGCCAAAAAACAAGUAAAGAAGACGUUUCUUCCCAUUUCCUUCCCCUUGCAGUAUCCUAAUCAUAUGAUAUCUAUGAAGAACCAGUUCCAGCAAAACAUUUUCAUUUGAAAAAGGGACUGUUUGAAGGUACAAGGAAGAGAAGCUGGAAUACUACUGAAACACUGAACAAGCUGGACUUGAGCAUUUAUGUUUAUUUUUAAGAGGCUGCCUUUUUUUUAAAAAAAAAUUGAAGUUAGACACUACAUCAGAUUUAGUAACUAAAAGUUGUAAAAAUUUGUAAAGAGUUGUACAAUCCUUAUGUUAGUAUAAGAGUAGCUUUGCAGAUUCUUAAGUUAAAUUUACCCCUAUGCGUUUAGUCAUGACUUGAUUAUCUGAUGAUAUUUUAUUUAAAAUAAACCUAUCUGCUUAAUUAAACAUGGCUGCUAUAAUAAUAAUAAAGCAGAUAAAAAUGUUGUGUAAAAUAUAUCGGACUUGAUGGCUGCUGGAAUGAGUCUUCAGAUAAUUAAGUCAGUACUAAUCGUGAAGGCUGAGCAGUAUUAAAUACUUCCCUGGGAAAAAAAAAGUAUAAGUAUUAACACAAUUUGAAAUUGGAUUACUGUGGUAUUCAGACAAUAAAGCUAGUAUGGAAGAUGAAGGUUGCACCACUGCAAUGUAUUCAUAUGUAUUAGUAAGAAUGCCUAAUGCUGCUCUAAAAGAUGUUACAAAAUACUGUAUAUAAAAUAAUAUUAAUAAGGGAAAUGUACUUCAUCUCACUUUCCUCAAAAUAGCCUUUUAUAUAACGACGAAGUAAAAAUUCAGACAACAUCAUAUGGGUUUUUAUGUAACAUAACCUAUCUUUUUAUAUAAUUCCUGUUAGGGCAUAUGGCUUCUAUUCCCCCCCCCCCCACCGUUAUUCAUGCUUUUUCUGUUGU